AUGCGCGAAGUUAUUUCCAUUCAUGUUGGCCAAGCUGGAGUUCAAAUUGGAAAUGCUUGUUGGGAGCUUUAUUGCUUAGAGCAUGGAAUUCAGCCAGAUGGUCGUAUGCCUUCUGAACAAUCGGCGCAGGAUGAUUCGUUUUCGACUUUCUUCUCUGAGACUGGAAAUGGACGGCACGUUCCUCGUGCAGUGAUGGUGGAUUUGGAGCCGACUGUUAUAGAUGAGAUUCGUACUGGGACAUACAAGCAGCUCUUCCAUCCAGAGCAGUUGAUCACUGGGAAAGAGGAUGCAGCCAAUAACUAUGCUCGCGGACACUACACUGUUGGAAAGGAAAUUAUCGACCCAGUUUUGGACCGCAUUCGUCGUAUUGCCGACAACUGCCAAGGACUUCAAGGCUUUUUGAUUUUCCACUCUUUUGGUGGUGGCACUGGUUCUGGCUUCACAUCUCUUCUUAUGGAGCGUCUUUCGGUUGAUUAUGGAAAGAAGUCCAAGUUGGAGUUUUCUAUCUAUCCGGCGCCGCAAGUCUCCACAGCUGUUGUUGAGCCAUAUAAUUCUGUUCUUACAACUCAUACGACGCUGGAGCAUUCUGACUGUGCGUUUAUGGUUGAUAAUGAGGCUAUUUAUGACAUCUGUCGUCGCAAGUUGGAUGUUGAGCGACCUUCUUACACCAAUCUUAACCGUCUCAUCUCGCAGGUGGUCUCUUCCAUCACGGCUUCUCUCCGUUUUGAUGGCGCGUUGAACGUUGAUCUCACUGAAUUCCAGACCAAUCUUGUCCCGUAUCCACGCAUCCACUUUCCACUCGCUACUUAUGCGCCUGUAAUUUCUGCAGAGAAGGCAUAUCAUGAGUCUUUGUCUGUUAGCGAGAUUACUCAAAUGUGUUUUGAGCCGUCGAAUCAAAUGGUCAAGUGUGAUCCUCGACAUGGAAAGUAUAUGGCUGUUUGUUUGCUUUUCCGAGGGGACGUCGUUCCAAAGGAUGUCAAUCAAGCAAUUGCUACCAUCAAGACUAACCGUUCAAUUCAGUUUGUGGACUGGUGUCCGACAGGUUUUAAGGUCGGUAUCAACUAUCAACCACCAACUGUUGUGCCUGGCGGUGACCUUGCCAAAGUUCCUCGCGCUGUCUGUAUGCUCUCCAACACUACAGCCAUUGCUGAGGCUUGGGCUCGUCUCGACCACAAAUUUGAUUUGAUGUACGCAAAACGUGCAUUCGUUCAUUGGUAUGUUGGUGAAGGAAUGGAAGAAGGAGAGUUUUCUGAAGCUCGUGAAGAUCUUGCGGCAUUGGAAAAGGACUAUGAAGAAGUUGGCAUGGAUUCGGCUGGUGGAGAAGAUGCCGAUGAAUAUUAA